AUGUCUAGUGUAUUAGUGAGGGGCCCUAUUUGUGGCGUUGAUAAUUGCAACUCUCAGCUAUGGAGAUCUAUCGAAGGGAGAAGAGUUUGUCAAUAUGGUCACAUUAGAGAAGGUGAUGUUGAAAUUGGGGAGGACGAUGAACAGUUUGUCUUGACAAGAAAAUUGACUGUUCCUAGCUUAAACUCACAGAAAUUCUCCCAAAUGCAAUAUACCCAGGAACUCAAGAACCAAAAGGAACAAUCUAAGCACAAAUUGUACGGUAUGCCCGCGAAAAUCCGGUUCCUUGAAUGUUAUCAGCAUGUGUUGAAAGCUCAGGUUAAAUGGUUAGUGGAAAAUAGAGGCCUACCUGAUGCGUUUGAAAAAGUCGUCAAGGAGCUUUGGAUAGUAUAUUUGGAAUUGAUGUAUUACGAAGAUGAAGGCCAUUACGAUAUGGAUGACGAAACUACUGAUGGUGACGAAUCCGAAACAACAAUAUAUACCGACGGAGAAUCAUUAUAUCCUUUAGCUGAGGACGACACAGAGGUCAUUGAAACUAGUGGUAAGAAGCGGAAAAAAACAGUUUCUAAAAAGAGGAAGAACAAGAAGAAGCAAAAUCAAAAAAAAAACUAUAGUGUGUCACUUAUUCAUUCCCUUUGCUUAUGCUAUUUAGCUUGUCUUAUUUUGAGAUUUCCAUUAUUUGCCAAUGAUUUCAUAAGGCUUUGUGCAGUCAACAAGCUCCCAUUUAUAAAAGCUUCUCUUGUGGUACCAAAGGAACUUUUAAAGGGCUUGCCAGAUAUCUAUAUGACCAGGCUUGAACCAAAUUGGCCCCCGCUUGCAGGAGAAUUUUAUAAUGCCACCCGUGAGGUUCUUCAAUCAUUACAAGCUUGUCUUGGUGAAAACUCGAUAACUAAUGAACCAAACAACGAGGGCUUCUAUAUUCGGUCAUCAGCAUUUUCAAACCUUGAAAUCGAUUACGAAAUUUUACUCAUGAAGGUGGUUAAGGAAUUGGUGUUACCAAGAGAGCUUUAUAUUAUCAUCAAAAAUUUCAUCAACUUUUUCGACUUAAAAUUCGGCUUGGCCACUGAUUACUCAAUUGCCAGUCACAAUCUGAUGAAUACUAAAAUAUUCGUUCCUUAUUCAAAGUUCCCAGAAUUGAGGCUAAUAUCAAUCAUCAUUUCUAUGACGAAAUUUUACUUUAUUUCUCAAAAUUUUCUCAGGGGCUCCAACAAUAAAAAAGGCAAGCUCCAAGUCUUGAAUUGGGAAGUAUGGAUUGAGUUAUUUUAUAAAAAAAAAUAUGGCUCCCAAUACUCAAAAGAUCAAGCUGAUAUUUCCAAAAGUGACGAAGAAUUUGAUCAUACUUUAAAUUAUAUCUCCGCAAAUGGUCACAAAGUUGACGAAUUGGAACUUUUGAAUUUUGCUUUUGGGAUCGAUAUGAAUUCUGAGCAUACCGGAUCAGAUAAUAUAUUAGACAAGUAUCUUGUUUGGUUCGAUAACACAUUGAUCAAGUAUCCUAGAGAAAGAGAUACGUUAAAGAUUUCCGAAAGAAGAUUGGUUGAUUUAUUUGAUACUGGUGCAACAUUCGAUGAAGGGGAGGAAAAACCAAAGAUCAUUGAAGAUUUAAGCUUAUCAAAGGAUGAGGGUACUACAUCAAACACUACCUCGCCAACCAAAUGCUCAGAUAAAACUUUUAUUGACAUAUCGGAGGUGAAGCUCAUAAGCUUCAAGGACGUGCUUAAAAUUGAAAAUCUUUUGGUGGGCGAGCUUAGUACGAAUUUUGGGAUCUCCGUUGAGAGGCUCAAGAGGAUGGUGAACCUGUGGUCGGACAAACUUCUUGUCACGGCUUUAUAA